AAGAAAGGCCCAGAGCCCCCAUCCCGGGGCUAGGGAAGACCAGCCAGCGGAGAAAGCGCCCCAGGCAGGGAGAAACUGACAACGUCCCUGGGUCUGUCCCUCCCCUGCCACUGCUCCAUUAUCUAUCCUCCACCACCAGCCCCCGUCCCAGGAGUUGGGGGGGAAGGGGGGCCCUCUCGGCCUCCUGCGCUCCCUCCGGCCGCCUGGACCUCAGCCUCCGCGGAGCGGCCACCUCGGACCGGGAAGAUGGCGAGAAGGAGCGGCCCCCGCCUGCUCCUGCUGCUGCUGCGCUACCUCGUUGUCGCCCUAGGCUAUCAUAAAGCGUGUGGAUUGUCUGCCCCAAAAGACCAUCAAGUAAUCACAGCAAUAGAGUAUCAAGAGGCUGUUUUAACCUGUCAAUACCUAAAGAAGACCAUGGCCUCCAGAUUAGAGUGGAAGAAACUGGGGGACAGCGUCUCCUUUGUCUACUAUGAACAGGCUCUUAAAGGUGAUUUUAAAGAUCGAGCUCAGAUGCUGGAUUUCAAUAUCAGGAUCAAAAAUGUUACAAGAAGUGAUGCUGGGAAAUACCGCUGUGAAGUUAGUACCCCCUCUGAGCAAGGCCCAAGACUGGAAGAGGAUACUGUCACUCUAGAAGUAUUAGUGGCUCCGGGGGUUCCAUCGUGUGAAAUACCCAACUCUGCUUUGAGCGGAACCGUGGUAGAGCUGCGAUGUCAAGACAAAGAAGCGAAUCCAGCCCCUGAAUACAUGUGGUUUAAGAAUGGCAUCCGUUUGUUAGGGAAUCCAGACCUUGACGCCCAAAGCACCAACAGCUCGUACACCAUGAAUACGAAAUCUGGAACUCUGCAAUUUAACACUGUUUCAAAACUGGACAGCGGAGAAUAUUCCUGCGAAGCCCGUAAUUCCAUUGGAUCUCGCAGGUGCCCCGGGAAACGAAUGCAAGUAGAUGAUCUCAACAUAAGUGGCAUUAUAGCAGCUGUAGUAGUUGUGGCCUUGGUGAUUUCUGUUUGUGGCCUUGGCGUGUGCUAUGCUCAGAGAAAAGGCUACUUUUCGAAAGAAACCUCCUUCCAGAAGAGCACUUCUGCAUCCAUAACCACUACAAUGAGUGAAAAUGAUUUCAAGCACUCAAAAUCCUUUAUAAUUUAAAAGAAUUCCCUUUUGAGAAACACCACCACUGCAGUUGUUACCCAAGUUAUUUAAAAAUUAUAAAACUCUGCUUUGUCUUACAUUUGCAAAGAGAUACAUAAGGAGAUAAAAUUGGUAUUUCAUUAAAAUUUUUAUGAACACUAAA